UCACCGUAAAAGUUCACUGUAAAAUAUAAACAAGCAUCAUCUCUGGGUAGACGGUAGAACAUUUUUCCCGAUUUUUACAAGAUUUUCGCGUUGGCAAGUGUAUUUAAACUUAAUCUAAAAUGCCGAAAUAUUAUUGCGAUUAUUGUGACACAUAUUUAACACAUGACUCGCCGAGUGUCCGGAAAACUCACUGCACGGGACGAAAGCACAAGGACAACGUAAAAUUCUACUACCAAAAGUGGAUGGAAGAGCAAGCCCAACAUCUGAUUGAUGCCACUACGGCCGCAUUCAAAGCAGGCAAAAUUGCUCAAAACCCAUUCACUGCCGGUCCUCCGAAACCAAAUGUGGCGAUUCCUCCGCCGCAAUUAGGAAUGCCAGCACGACCGGGAAUGAUGGCCCCGAUGCCAGGAGGAGGCCCGCCUAUGAUCAUGGGACCAAAUGGUGCACCCCUUGGCCCAGCUAUGGGUCACAUGGGAAUGCGUCCGCCGAUGAUGAUGCCAAUGGGAAUGCCCCCUAUGGGUUUGGGAAUGCGACCUCCUAUGAUGAACGCACCACCGCCACAGAUGAAUCAGAAGGUCUGAACUAACGGUUCUUAGUUCUAUAUUUAUUUAAUAUUCAAAUAAAUCAUUGCAAUGUAUAAAAUCUAAGAAGAAUUACAUUCGUGCUUUUCGUGGUAAA